GACUGACUGUGCAGCGGGGCAGAGAGUGACAGACACAGAGAGAGAUCGAGAGAGAGAGUGAAAGCACAUGCAGUCUUUUAGAUGGUUGGUUUUAAAAAGUGUACUGUCCAGACCAAAGAGAUUGAAGACUUCUGUUAGUCUGUUAGCUCCAUCAGUACAAGGAUUAUGUUCCACAUCUGAGGACUUUUUAGUCUCCGAACACCUGUUGAAGAAACAGAGAAAUGUUCCUCAGGAGGGUUCACUGCAACGAGAGUCUGUCCUGAAUGUGUUCGACAGCCAACUAUCUGCUCCCUUUGAGGAGAAACUGUGAGGUGACCAGUCCAGCCCUGUCUCCUCCGUCAUCAGGUACUGGCUGCCCCGGGGAGGCUGUGCGGGGGAACGUCGAUGCUAACCAGCGCCCCUGGAGCCAGAUCACAUGGAGGCCCCCAGGACACAGACAUGGACUUGGCCUGGCAGGAACUGAUGGCCAUCACAGAGCUGCAGUACUGUGUCUUACUUUCCUGUUGCAGGAGUUCCAGAUUCCUGGUGAGGGUCCUUAUGAGGCCGUCCAGUACCACCCAAUGGAGACAAUAGUGCCUCUGGGAUCGUUUGAGGUUGGUCAGACGCCCCAGCCCCUCUCCUCUGGCUGUGACCUCAACUCUGUGGCCACCGCUUUCCAUGGAUCCUACUCUGAUGUGAUGCCAGCCUGCCAGCGUCUAGGCACCGAUGCUGGGACACAGUACGUGCAUUCAGGUUCUCAGCUCAACGCCAGGCUACUGCCCGAUCCUUCGAAUCUCCUGCAGCCUCCACUGACCAUGUGCCUGCUGGACCAUGUGAACCUGCCAUGUGUUGGCGAAUCGCAUGGGAAAGACAGUGCUGGCCUCACACAGGGUAUUAGUUGCCAGAUGCCUGGGAGUCUUCUACAUGAACAGACUGAACAUACACAGGCAGGUGAUGAUCUGGAAUCAGACUCUGGUCUUUCCCUGGGCUCCAGUCCUCCUUUGGCUUCUCCAGAAAACGCCAUGACUGGUGUAGCUGCAUACCAGGGCACAAACAUUGCCCUAAACUUCAAUGAUGGGGAGAUGGAAGGUAUGGGUGAGGGGAGUGGGAGAGGAGGCGUUUUGUACCCAAUCGACUAUCAGCACCCUAAUGAGUCUUACCAUUACCAUGGAGCCCUGUCUUCAUUCUUCUCCUCACAGCCAGGUUCAACCCCCCCCCACACACACCUUCACCUACAGCCCUGUGGGCCUCCGAAACAGCAGCAAACUCUCUCUAGUGCCCUAUCUGACUUGUAUUCAAACACAUCUGGUGUCGCCAGCAGAGGGGGCUCCUGCCAGGCUCUGUAUGUGAAGCCCAGGAGGAACUCUGUUUCCACAGCUGCUGUUCACCUAAGCAGAGAUGAGCGUCGCGCUCUGGCCUUGAAGAUCCCUUUCCCUCUGGAGAAGAUCAUCAAUCUACCGGUGGACGACUUUAAUGAACUCCUUACACAAUACACCCUGGCAGACUCUCAAAUGGCACUGGUCCGUGACAUCAGACGGCGUGGAAAGAACAAAGUGGCAGCUCAGAACUGCAGGAAGAGGAAGCUGGAGAACAUUGUCCAGCUGGAGGGGGAGCUGGGCCAGCUCCAGGCCCAGAGAGACCACCUGGCACGGGAGAGACUGGAGUUCCAGAGGAGCCUGUCCAUGGUGCGAUGCCGGCUCACAGACUUGUACACUGAGGUUUUCGCUCAGCUGAGAGACGAGGAUGGACACCCAUACUCUAUUGAAGACUACACUUUACAGCAGAGCCCCGAUGGCAAUAUAUAUCUGGUGCUGCGCAACUCAAUACUGGAUGGAGAAUGAUUCACGUUGCUUUUUUCUCACUGAUUUCUCAUUGUCAUUACUUUGCCAUGACAGUAUAACGGACCUGUCUGAAAUAAAUUUAAAUGUUCAAAACUAGACUUGGGAAUGGCAGUUACAGAAAUUGUUUUAACUGUUUAGUAUCUACAUUCAGUAUGCAUUUGAAAUACCGCAUUGGUGCCCAAUUUUACGUUUACAUCUGUAAAUAUGUACAAUAUGUAGCUAAAUAAAUAGCUACUCCACAAUUCAUCUAGCCUGGGAACCAGACCAAGUUGCAAACUCACAUUUAUUUGCUCUGGCCAUCCUCCCAUUCAAACAGAUUUACCUACGGCAUGGAAAGUAGCGGGCACCAGUAUUUCUAAUAUGGAGCAGGUCUGAUGGUCUUUGUUGCAUCUAUCCAGUUGCAACCAGACAUUUUGAAAACAACCCUUUUUAUAUUAUAAAUGUAAUGAUAUUAUACCUUAUUAAAUUGUCAUAGGGGCGAACAGUGUGCUUGGUGAUGCAAUCAGGUUCAAGACUAUGUAUUUGCAACAUUGUCUAGCAAUACCAGGCUACAAUUUCAGCGUUCUUUUUAUACAGUUUCCUUUGCAGUAAUAAAACAGUUAUAAGACAUUUCGUAUACAAAAUAAUUUAUUGAUAAAAAAAGUUUAAAAUGUAUGCACAGCAGACAAAUAUAAAAAUUGUGUAACAUCUCCCCUCGCUCA